UCUCUUGUAGAUAUCCCUGUACUUGUGUAGCUGUGCUGGCCUGGCCGAGGGCGAAGGUAUCUUAGUUCUGGCACGAGACCAACUGUUAUUACUUGUCAACACGCCUCGAUGCGUGGCAAGCUGAGUCUGGCACUGGCUGGUGCCGUUUGAACAUAUAAGUACAGUAGGAGUGUACCAACUGGUUGUUGGUGGACUUUUCCCAAACCAAUGUAUUCCAGACGAGACCGUUUGUCCAGAGGACGACCCUUAUCUCUUCUCAACGACGAGCAGAUGAGCUUCUCCAGAGAGAAUAGGGGCCUGACACUGGCUACCGUACGCCAGUCUUUGACGCUGAAGAAUGUCAAAGAAUGGCUCCCUGGCUUUCCAAUUGUGCGCUGGUUGCCGAAGUACUCUAUGUACGAUUUGCAGAGCGACUUUACUGCUGGACUCACAGUAGGCUUGAUGGUCGUGCCUCAGGCAAUUGCCUACGCUGGAAUUGCUGGAUUACCGCAUGAGUAUGGUCUCUAUUCCUCCUUCAUGGGUUGUCUGGCGUACUUAUUUGUUGGCUCUGCGAAAGACGUGACUCUUGGCCCGACCGCCAUCAUGUCUCUGAUGGUAAACCGUGUGGCUGACCCGAGCACGUAUGGCGUUAACUAUGCCGUAACCUUGUCACUGAUAUGUGGUGUCGUCCAGCUAUUGAUGAGCAUGUUUAGACUUGGUGCAAUGAUGUCCUUCAUAUCAGCGCCGGUUAUCAGUGGUUUCACUUCAGCUGCAGCCAUUACUAUUGCCAUGGGUCAAGUCAAGCACAUAUUUGGCGUGAAGAAGCAUGUACCGCGGCCGUUUAUUGGCGCAGUGAAUGGAACGUUCUAUGAAGUGUUUCACGGUGAUAUACGAGGUGGUGACAUAAUCAUGGGUCUCUCCUGUAUGAUCAUCGUUAUGGCUCUGAAGCACUUCAAGACGGUUGUGAUGAAAUGGGAUGAGAAUGACAAAGAGGUGUUGAAGCCGCGCCAUGUCCGCUUUGCACGCAAGUUUCUCUGGUUCAUCACCACCGGCCGCAACGCUCUACUUGUAUCUGCUGCUGCACUGAUAGCGUACGCACUGCAGGCUAAGAACAAGGAUUACUUGACGUUGGCUGGGCAGAUGAAGAAGGGUCUACCGUCGGCCAGUGCCCCACCAUUCUCGUCCUCACCGCCCAUCAACUCUACAACCCUGCAGCCGUGUGACACGAACUGCAAUCUUGCCAAUCGCACCGGACUAUCGGAAAUGCUCUCGGAUUUUGAUGUGGGUGUGAUAUCUGUUCCCUUGAUUGGACUGCUGGAGCUGGUUGCAAUUGCUCAAGCAUUUGCUCGUCAAAACAACUACAUCAUUGAUCCGAACCAGGAACUAUUCGCUAUCGGUGUUGCCAACAUCCUGAGCUCCUUCUUCAGUUCCUAUCCGGUUACUGGCAGCUUUUCCAGAACGGCUGUCAAUGCCCAGAGUGGAGUUCGAACACCUGCUGCUGGUAUUGUCACAGCUGCUAUAGUGCUGCUGGCCCUGGGCGUGCUGACACCGGUGUUCCGCUUCAUACCAAUGGCCGCCCUCUCCGCCAUCAUCAUCACUGCCGUCUUGGGCAUGGUCAACCUGCGCAUUGUCGCAGUCCUCUGGAGAGUGAAAGUGGCUGAUUUGAUCCCUCUUGCUGUGGCCUUCUUUGGAACUUUAUUCUUGGGUAUUGAGUAUGGUGUUCUGCUGGCAGUGGUGAUCAACAUCAUGUACUUGCUCUAUCUACAGUCACGUCCUCAUUUCUCCUGGAAAGCUGUCGGUGAUGUAGUAGUAUUACGACUCCAUGGUGGCCUGGACUUCCCGUCUGUGACAUUCCUGCGACAGAUUAUCCGUGGAAUUGAAGCUGAUGCAAGCAAAGAACGUGUGUCACUAUCAGCAGUGGUAGUUGAUUGGUCAUGUGUCAUGGACGUGGAUUACACUGUUGUACUGACACUACAGGACCUGUGUGACGAAUUGAAGCGCAGUGAUAUCUCCUUGGUACAUGCCUGCUUAGAGCCUCCAGUCCAGAAAGUCCUUACAACAGGCAUACCCAACUUGCAAAUCUAUCCGACAAUUGAGGACGCCCAGUCACAGCUUCAUAUCGUUAACCUGAGUACGGGAUUGCGCGAGACUCAGCCUCUGCUCAGGUCGGCCAACACUAUGGAAUCAACCCGUGUAGACGAUGACUUGUAGUGACUGGGAGCGAGAACAGCUGCUUGGGGACUUUCCCCCGUUGGUGCCCUUCUUCGUCGCGUGUUCUUGAUGCACAGAAAUUUUUGAGUAUUGUGAGCAUGUGCGUUUCCCUUUUUGGAUGUUUUGAAACCUGUGUCGUGCUGCUCCAUUAGCUCCUGCAUGUUGCCCUCUUGUAGAGGUGUCGUGAUUUUGUGUUCUCACUUGGCGAUGUUGAGAUCCAGGGUGUUGCCAGAGGGGCAUGUGUUCCAGUGUUGUCCGUUGUCGUGGGAUUGAGAUCCGAUGCUGUUGAAUAAAUAUCCAUGGACUUGUGGAGAGCCGUCCCGAUAUCUGUUGAAUCUCAUCUGCCCUCCUACCCUUCUACUGUAGACGACUACUUCUGUAGUUUUGAAUUCACAAUACAUGUACCUUUUCAUUUCCAACCUUUAAUAUGUACUAAGAUUAUUUUAAAUAUUUCUAUGGACUUUUUCCUGCAUAUUUCAUUUUUAGACUUUUGACAGCUAACCUUCAUGUUGGGUGAAAUUGGAAGCUAGCUGUCCUCACCCUGAAAAACUAGCCGUAGUUUUUACCAUUCUAGAACCCGCUUUGUUAUUCUUUGUUGAAUACUUGGUUUGCAGCUGGUCUGUAUAUAACUUUUAUUUAUAUAACUCUUUUUCUCCUGAAGUGACAAUCUUGUGGAUUGAAAUGUAUGCAACAUCAGUUUGUCUUCCGUUCCGUUUUCACUUACUCACCGUGCACCAUACUCGAUACUUCCUUUUCUAUGCUUGUACCUAUCAUGCGUGGGGGUUGAGCUCCCGGGACAAUUUACUCUAGCGUUCUAGCUCUCGCCCUGUUGCUGUGUGUCUAUUUAGUAGAAUAAUUUAUUAUGUUUCUUUGCCAGUGUACACUGUACACAUCUACAUUGUCCUGUCUGUUGAGAUGAUUCCAUCGGAUAAUUGUGCUUCAAAAACUUUUUCCGACCUGUAUCGUGCAGUUCUUCAUGGAAGUGUGUUAUUUCAGAUGCUGCUGAAAUGGAUUUUCUUUCACAAUAAUUAUCAUUAUCUUUAUAUUGUUACACAUUCUUAUACUCGUGAGCUGAGAGUAGUGUGCAGCAAAUUCGUUUUCAUCUUUCCUUCCA